GCGGCGGUUGCCAGGGCGACCGGAGCUUCCAAGAGCCGCGGGUACUAGCGAUUGGCGGCUUAGAAGAAGUUUCCUGUGCCGGGCUUUAUCUACGGGCGUCGUCCUCUCGGGGUUCCCAGAAUGUUCUUUUACUUGAGCAAGAAAAUUGCCAUUCCCAAUAAUGUGAAGCUGAAAUGUAUAUCUUGGAACAAGGACCAAGGAUUCAUAGCAUGUGGUGGUGAAGAUGGAUUACUGAAGGUUUUGAAAUUAGAGACACAGACAGAUGAUGCAAAAUUGAGGGGUCUUGCAGCCCCUAGUAACCUUUCUAUGAAUCAGACUCUUGAAGGUCAUAGUGGUUCUGUUCAAGUUGUAACAUGGAAUGAACAAUAUCAGAAGUUGACUACCAGUGAUCAAAAUGGUCUUAUCAUUGUUUGGAUGUUAUAUAAAGGCUCUUGGUAUGAGGAGAUGAUCAACAAUAGAAAUAAAUCAGUGGUUCGAAGCAUGAGCUGGAAUGCUGACGGACAGAAGAUCUGCAUUGUAUACGAGGAUGGGGCUGUGAUAGUUGGUUCAGUGGAUGGGAAUCGCAUUUGGGGAAAAGACCUGAAGGGUAUACAGUUAUGUCAUGUAGCAUGGUCCGCAGAUAGUAAAAUCUUACUUUUUGGAAUGGCAAAUGGAGAAAUACACAUUUAUGAUAAUCAAGGGAAUUUUAUAAUGAAAAUGAAACUGCAUUGUCUGGUGAAUGUCACCGGAGCCGUCAGUAUCGCUGGGAUUCACUGGUACCACGGCACGGAAGGCUAUGUGGAGCCAUGUUGCCCCUGCCUUGCGGUUUGUUUUGACAAUGGCAGAUGCCAGAUAAUGAGGCAUGAGAAUGACCAAAAUCCUGUUUUAAUUGAUAGUGGCAUGUGUGUAGUAAGUGUCCAGUGGAACCGCACUGGCAGCGUGUUAGCUGUGGCAGGCUCCCAGAAGGCCACCACUCAGGACAAAGAUGUAAACACUGUGCAGUUUUACACUCCAUUUGGUGAGCAUCUGGGUACUUUGAAGAUUCCUGGAAAGCAGAUGUCUGCACUGUCUUGGGAAGGAGGUGGACUGAAAAUUGCACUAGCUGUUGACUCUUUUAUAUAUUUUGCAAAUAUUCGACCUGAUUAUAAGUGGGGAUAUUGCUCAAACACUGUAGUUUAUGCUUAUACCAGACCUGAUCGUCCAGAGUACUGUGUUAUCUUUUGGGAUACAAAAAACAACGAGAAAUAUGUUAAGUAUGUGAAGAGUCUAAUUUCUAUUACUACUUGUGGAGAUUUCUGCAUUUUGGCUACAAAAGCUGAUGAAAAUCAUCCUCAGGAGGAGAACGAGAUGGAAACAUUUGGUGCAACGUUCGUGCUAGUUCUUUGUAAUUCUAUUGGCACACCUCUGGAUCCCAAAUACAUUGAUCUUGUACCAUUGUUUGUUACAAUGACCAAAACCCAUGUGAUAGCAGCUUCAAAAGAAGCAUUUUAUACCUGGCAGUAUCGUGUGGCAAAGAAGCUCACAGCAUUGGAAAUUAAUCAGAUCACCCGGUCUCGAAAAGAAGGGAGAGAAAGAAUUUAUCAUGUUGAUGAUACUCCUUCUGGAUCGGUGGAUGGUGUGCUUGAUUAUAGUAAAGCCAUUCAAGGCACAAGGGAUCCAAUUUGUGCCAUAACUGCAUCUGAUAAGACACUGAUUGUGAGUCGUGAAUCUGGCACCAUUCAGAGGUACAGUCUUCCUAAUGUUGGUUUGAUUCAAAAAUACUCCCUUAAUUGUCGAGCCUACCAGUUGUCCUUGAAUUGCAACUCCAGUCGUCUUGCUAUCAUAGACAUCUCAGGAGUUCUGACCUUCUUUGACUUGGAUGCUCGGGUAACAGACAGCACAGGACAGCAAGUUAUUGGCGAGUUGUUAAAAUUGGAGCGAAAAGAUGUCUGGGAUAUGAAGUGGGCCAAAGAUAAUCCUGAUUUGUUUGCAAUGAUGGAGAAGACAAGAAUGUAUGUUUUCAGAAACUUGGAUCCUGAGGAACCCAUUCAGACUUCUGGAUAUAUUUGUAAUUUUGAGGAUUUAGAAAUUAAAUCUGUUCUUUUGGAUGAGAUAUUAAAGAAUCCAGAAUAUCCAAACAAGGAUUAUAUCAUUAACUUUGAGAUUCGGUCCCUGAGAGAUAGCCGAGCACUGAUUGAGAAGGUUGGAAUUGAGGAUGCAUCUCAGUUCAUAGAGGAUAAUCCACACCCCCGACUUUGGCGCCUACUGGCUGAAGCAGGUCUUCAGAAACUGGAUUUGCACACUGCAGAGCAAGCGUUUGUGCGCUGCAAAGAUUACCAAGGCAUUAAGUUUGUGAAGCGCCUGGGUAACCUGCAGAGUGAGUCCAUGAAGCAGGCGGAAGUGGCUGCCUACUUUGGCAGGUUCGAAGAGGCUGAAAGGAUGUAUCUCGAUAUGGACAGAAGAGAUCUGGCUAUUGGCCUCCGGCUGAAGUUGGGAGAUUGGUUUCGAGUACUCCAGCUCCUGAAAACUGGAUCUGGUGAUGCGGAUGACAGUCUCCUUGAACAAGCCCACAAUGCCAUCGGAGACUACUUUGCUGAUCGGCAAAAGUGGUUGAAUGCUGUACAAUAUUAUGUACAAGGCCGGAACCAGGAACGCUUAGCUGAGUGUUAUUAUAUGUUAGAGGAUUAUGAGGGAUUGGAGAAUCUUGCCAAUUCACUUCCAGAAAACCACAAGUUGCUUCCAGAAAUAGCACAAAUGUUUGUGAGAGCUGGAAUGUGUGAACAAGCAGUGACUGCGUUUUUGAAAUGUAAUCAACCAAAGGCAGCAGUGGAUACCUGUGUACAUCUCAACCGAUGGAACAAAGCUGUUGAAUUGGCUAAAAGUCAUAAUAUGAAGGAAAUUGGUUCCCUGUUAGCGAGGUAUGCAUCUCAUUUAUUGGAAAAGAAUAAAAUUCUUGAUGCCAUAGAACUCUAUCGGAAAGCCAGUUACGUGUAUGAUGCUGCUAAGCUGAUGUUUAAGAUUGCAGAUGAAGAGGCAAAGAAAAGAACUAAACCUUUACGUGUUAAGAAGCUCUAUGUACUAUCAGCUUUACUUAUAGAGCAGUACCAUGAACAAAUGAAAAAUGCCCAACGAGGAAAAGUUAAAGGAAAGAGCUCAGAGGCCAGUUCUGCUUUGGCUGGUUUGCUGGAAGAAGAAGUUCUGUCUACAACUAGUCGUUUCACAGAUAAUGCUUGGAGAGGGGCUGAGGCUUACCACUUCUUCAUCCUGGCGCAGAGGCAGCUGUACGAGGGCUAUGUUGACAGUGCAUUAAAGACAGCUCUUCACCUGAGAGACUAUGAAGACAUUAUCCCUGCCGUUGAGAUCUACUCUCUGUUAGCACUCUGUGCGUGUGCCAGUAGGGCUUUUGGCACUUGUUCAAAAGCUUUUAUUAAACUCGAAUCUUUAGAGACCCUCAGUUCAGAACAGAAACAGCAAUAUGAAGAUCUUGCUCUAGAAAUCUUCACCAAACAUACUCCAAAAGAUAACAGAAAAUCUGAAUUGGACAGCCUUCUUGAAGGAGGGGAAGGGAAGCUGCCGACAUGUGUUGCCACAGGAAACCCGGUCACUGAAUAUCAAUUCUGGACGUGCAACGUGUGCAAGCACUGUGUCCUGGCUCAGGAAAUAAGUAACUAUAACUUCUGUCCCUUAUGCCAUAGUGCAGUGGGAUGAAGAAAUGACAAACUGCCUAUAAUAGGAGUGUUUAUAUAACAAUGUUGACUUUAUGUAAAUAAGCAUCAUUAUUUCAGUUGUAUUUUUACAAAAAUUUUCUAUAUAUAUAUAAAAUACAUAAUAUAUACAUAUAUAAAAUUAUGUGUAAAAAUACAACCAUGAAAUAAUGAUGCUGAUUGUCAUAUAAAUGUAUGGCGAUGGACCAUAUUGUCUGCCUGUCUGUCUUAUUUAUCUGUCUAUCUGUCUAUUUAUCUAUCUUGUGGUUGGUUAUAUGAUACUAUGGAAAUAUUCCAAAUAAGAAAAUUUUUCUCACAGUGUCACGGUUACUAGCAGGGAGGGAUGGGGGAAACAUGGGAAUGGGGCAAAGUUGAAUUUAGGGAACUGACAUAACCUGUAUUAGACAGAGGUUAAACAGUUGAAAUACCAAAAUGAGUACUGUCUCUAGCUGUGUUUAAUUAAAUAAGCAUUGAAAGUCUUCUCUAUUUUAUUUUCAGAAGUGAAGAGAAGGCAUUUUAAGACAUUGUUUUUUACAAUUUGAAUUGUUUCUAAUAGCUUAAUUUUUAUAUAGCUUUUCCUUUUUAAUCUACCCUUUUAGUUUCAUCUAAGAGAUGACAUUUGGCACUUUACUCUUCAUAUUAUUGUGCCGAACACUUAGCUCUAUUUAUAAUGAUAUACAUUUAUACAAAAACAUCUAGUUUGUAGCUGUAGUUUUACUUGAAACAUUGUCACCAAGCUGGAUCCUUUCUUUAAACAACUCGGGUUGUGGGGAGUGAUUCUCAAUAUGCAUCUGUUUUGACUUACUGUCAUUAAUUUAAAAAAGAAAAAUUGUAAUCAGUAAUGGGUAAUUUCUUACCUGUUUUAUGUAGCUAAUAAUGUUCUCCAUUUCUCACGAUCUUACUUCCUCUCAUUUUAUGGUUUCAGGCCAGACUUAAGCACUAUUCCGUCAAGAUUAUUUGGUGAAGUUUGGCUGAUAUUUAGCAGAGGCAACAAAGAGAAAUAUGCAAGGUUGUUAUUGCAGCUUCAGUACUUAGGUUAGUUAACUCUCUCAAUGUGAUAUGUUUCUGGUCCUUUAGAGCCAAGUUAAGCCUGAUGCAGAUGGAGAAUAGUGAGCUAUGAGAAGAGGUUUAGAGCUUAAAUGAGUUCAUUAUAGAUAGCAAGCUCCUGUGCCUAAAUAAAAUGAGAAGACCAGAAAUCUUCGAAGUCUCUGACUGUGUUCACGUGCCUUGUGGGAAGUUACCUUGAUAUAAUGGUAGCCUCCAAAUACACUACCAAGCAAGCCAUUCCAGAGGUCAUGGAACAGAAAGGGUUACAAGCUCAAAUCACAUGGUUUAUUGAAUCAACUUGAAAUAUACAGUGAAGAACAAGGAGAAAGUGAUGGGGUAGAUUAAUACUAUUAGUAUAGGAUGCCAGUCAGGUAGAGAGAGUACAGUUCCUGAUUCCUGAGUUAUAUACUGUUCUUAUGUCCUGACUCUUACUCUGCCUCAUCACCUUCCCCUUGAUAGUGUGGCUAGGAAGAGGGCCAGAGCUGAGAUUUGAGCCAGGGGACCCGAUCGAAUGGAGUGUGCCCAAGGCCAGUGAGGCACAUUUGCUCAAUAGAAAAGGCAGUUUUACCUGGUCAUAGCUGUAGGUGCCAAUGAGCCUGCUGAGCAGUUGUGGAUUCAGUUGUAUUUCCUGGGCAGAGGACAGACCAGAAUAAGUGUCAUCAGUGGGUAAUUGAAUUAAGACCUCCCACAUAUUGAGCACUUGAUAAGUCUUAUGCAUACCUAGUGUGCCGUGAAUAUUUAGUGCCUUGGUUGCCUUUUGUAUUUUUAGUGCCUUGUCAAUAUUAGGUAUAGUCACACAUAUAUGCUCUAUUUACUUUGUCUAACAUGUCUCAUAAGUUUCUAACUUAUCUAAGUUUAAGACAGUGAAUUUCAUCUAUCUCAUUUGUUUUUGUCUAUAACAGAAUGCAGUAUUCCUCCAAAUCAGAAAACAACAUCCUAACUAAGAUAUCAGCCCUAGGGACUAUAUCUCCUGUUGAACUUAAUUACAUCUUCCCACAAGACUUUCUCUUUUCAGGAAUGAAACUAUUCUCUGCUUCAUCAAUGAGAGAGAAGUUUUCAGGGAUGUAGGUUUAGGAAUUCCUGCAGGACUGCAUGUUCAGAGUUGUGAUUCUUGGUCCAUGGUCUAAUGCCUGAAUAUCUCUUCUUUCCCUUUUUCAUCCCAGAAAUCGGCUGAGAACUCAAAAGUUAGAUUGUCAUUCUCUAGCCCUUACUGUUACUUGUUGAUUACACUCCCAUUUGCUUCAAUUCCAAAAUCAGCUGUUGACUCCUCAGACUUUUCCUAACAUAUCUUAUGGGAACUCUCUUUUGGAGCCUUCUCAUUUGCCACUAAUUCCUUGCUACCUGAGCGCUAGAAUAUUUCCUCCAACUAAUUAUUUCAGAUAGAUCCCGAGUUGUUGUCACUACUUCUUGUUCAGUUUAAUCAAGAAACCGAAAUCUCUAAAAACAACCUCUCAUACCUUGUAGACCUAGAUUAUCCCAUAUGUAUAUGUGUGUAUGUAUGUAUAUAUACUUAUACAUAUACCCACAUGCAUAUACACACACACACACACACACACACAUAUAUAUAUAUAUAUAUAUAUAUAUAUAUAUAUAUAUAUAUAUAUAUACACACACACACACACAGACAUAUCUUUCCAACUACUGUAAAAGCUUAUGACUAUUUGGGAUUUAUAUCUGUGAAUGUUUUAGGGAUCUGCCGUGAUGUCUUGGGGACAGACCUUUGUCCUGCUUGAAAAUUGGUUUUAUUCAACAUGAAGGAAAUUUCAGGAUAACAACACCAACAAAUUCUCCCCUGAUUAAAGGGGCAGUGAGAAGCAAAAUUGUCUAUAUAUAACAAAUACUUGGAGAGAAUUUGGAUAGACAGAAUGAGGCAGUAUAUUGAAGACAUUAUAAUAAAGGUUGUUCUCUUCUUGUAAUAAACAUGAGCUGACUCCCUUUAAGUAAUGCUUUUCUUUAUCAUAAAAUUUGGCCUGAAUUAUGUUAAGUUUCAAAGUAGCAUGGUAGGCCGAACUAUUGAGAUGAUUGAACUGAUUGAUAAAGCUAUACAAAUAAGCAGUGUGCUAACAAGCAGCAUAGCAUUGUUGACCUGCUGUCAUGCACAAAUGCUAAUUUUAUUUUAUAUAUGUAUUAUAUAUAUAUAUUACAUACAUGUUUUUGCUAACAUACACUUUGAAAUUAUCUUUUUGUAUUCUAAGAGCUGAGAUCUUAGGUUUUAUGUGGCAUUAGUGAACAAACAUAAAAAUAAUAAAUGUUGAGGUAAAAAUUGUA